CCAAUGUCGUCCGGGGCGAGCCGGUCCUCGCUCACCAGUCACCAUUCAUCGCGGCCGAGGACUCGGAGCCUCUCCUUUCUCGAAGUCCAAACAAACUACUACCUCUCGGGCGAGAAAUAUAUGAAAGUCGUGAAGCCGCUCUUUGUCCGGUUCUCGCAGCUUCCUGUCCACUGUAGAGAGAGAGUGGGGGAAAGGAUUCGAGGGCUAUGGAGGGAGAGGAGAUAGGGCUGGUGCUGGCCCGAGCAUCGGAUCUCCGCGCCAAGAUCAGCAACUGCAUCGAUCGGAGCGGCGGGGAUCGAGACCGGGAAGCCGAUCCUGGUGGCGGUGGAACGGCGGCGGCGGGGGCGGCGGUGGAGGAGGAGGUGGGGGAGGAAGAAGAGGAGGAGGAAGAGAGCCUUCUUAGCAUUCGUGAUGCACUCGAGUCACUGGAGCGGCAUCUCGGUGCCCUGCAGGCUCUGCAACAGCAACAAAGAUAUGAGAGAGAAACGAUUCUAGCCCAGAUUGAUCGCAGCCGGAUGGUAUUACUUAGCAAACUCAAGGAGUACAAAGGGGAGGACUUAGAAGUGAUUCAUGAAGCCACUGCCUUUGCUGGUGAAACUGUUGAUCAUGAUGAUGGACUCAUCCUCCCUCCAUACCCCAGUCACCUACCUGACUUGUUCGUUCUGGAUGAUCUCUGUCCUUCUUCCCACUUCCCUAAUAAGUACAAGCUUUGUCAAAAUGGGUUGACAGCUGAUCACAUCCGUGAAACCAAGAGGAUCAUGGUUGAAUCAGAAAAGAACCAGAGCCCUCACCAGGGGAACAGAAACCCACCAAGAGGAUUAAGAUUUGCUUUUGGAUUGGUAGCCAAGUCUGUGAUAACAUUUGUUAGUGUCAUGUCUAUCCUAAGCUUAGCCGGUUACAAGCCAAUGCAUAUAAAAGGAGCCAUUCAGUUCCAAGCCCUGCAGUUGUUCGGUAAGCCAGCAGAAGAGGAAAGACAGGAUUCUAUUCAGUGCCCCCCUGGGAAAAUUCUGGUGAUUGAAGAUGGGAAGCCACGUUGUCUUGUUAAAGAGCGAAUUGAAAUACCAUUUGAGUCAGAUGUUUCAGCUCCAAAAAUAAGUUAUGGAUUUGGAUGAGAAGUUCUUAGAUAAGAAGUUCAGUUUGCUUAGUUAUGCUUCUUUAGUACAGCAGAACUUUUGUAAAGCAGAACUUUCACACUUUUUGCAUAUGAGUGCAGUUGGCCUUUAUCUUGUGCAGGAAUAUAUCUAGUUGCUAUGAUA